GUGAAUGGGAAGGAGAGAGUAGAGACGAGAGAGAGAAGGAGAAUAUAAAUUGUGUAGUUCUAGAGACGGUAUAGGUUUAGGUAACCUUGUCCUCUGUAAAUCUGGUGCACGACACUAGAUUAUAGGUCCAGACCACGACGUCACGAUUUGUUAUGAUUAGACUUUGCUGUUUCAGCACUUCUUCCGCCGAGGAGUCAGUUGACUGGGAGUUCUUGGGAGUUUUACGAUCUAACCAGUCCGGUGACACCGCGAGAGAGGCGGUAAGCAGAGAGAGAUAGUGAAAGCUGCAGAAAGAGAUAGUGAAAGACGAUCGCCUACUACUAUGGCUCCGUUGCAGUUCGCGGUGUACUGGCGUCUUGCGCUCAUAUUCUUCUUCAUGGCGUUUCUCUUCUUCCUCGACCUCUUCGCCGUUAGCAGAGCAACCUCCUCGUGCAAUAACGUCCCGGGUGAGUUACCGGCCGCUAGUCGAACCUCUGGAGAAGUAUCUUCUAGUGCCCAUACACAGAACUGGACUACAUGGGAGGUGCGCGAGGUAAACGGAUCACUUUUACAGGUAUUGUUACCGCAACAGGAUGAGAUUACGGGUGGGAACGACACGGAAAGAGAGAAUGGUACAGUGUGUAUGGAUUCGGAGGUGAUGUCGUACAGUCAGACCAUCUACAUGACUGGCCUUCUGCUGGGAUCUCUGUUCGGAGGAGCUCUCUCUGACAGGUACGGUAAGCGAGCAGUGCUGCUGGUGUGUGUGUGUGUUAAUGCCGUGACUGCUGUGCUGCCGGCAGUCCUUCCUCACGCCCUCCUCUUCCUCACCCUGCGCUGUCUGGCCGGGGUCUCCUGCUGCUGUAUCAAUAUCUGCAGCUUCAGCCUGGGUGUGGAAUGGAGCCUUCCCAGGUAUCGUAUUUGGCCCCCGGCCCUCCUGUCCUUCUCCUUCAGCCUGGGUAUGAUGGCAUUGGCACCGCUGGCGUACCUUACACACACCUGGACACAGCUACACCUGGGACUGGCUAUACCACAGAUCCUCUGUCUGCCUCUCUACUAUUAUAUUCCUGAGUCUCCUCACUGGCUGCUCCUGAAGAGGAGAGCAGAGACUCUGGAGGGGUAUAGGAGACACAGUCCUGAGGACAAACGCUUUCUAGACCUGUUGUUGGACACAGAGGCGAAGGACCUGCAGGAAGUACACCUGGAGACACACACACUGGAGACUGGCACACCUGACAGUGAGACACACACACUGGAGACUGGCAAACCUGACAGUGAGACACACCCACUGGAGACUCGCACACCUGACAGUGAGACACACACACCAAAGGCAGACACACAAACAUGGGAGGAACACACACUUUCCCACUGCGGACACAUGAGAAGUCCCACCAUCCUACUGCGCCUGGUCAUCUUGAGUUACAUUGGGCUAGCAUCAGCCCUGACGUACUACGGUAUCUGUAUGAAUGUCGGGCGUUUCGGGGUGGAUGUCUUCCUGGCUCAGUUCUUCAGCGGCCUAUCAGAGGCUCCCUGCCUGCUCGUCCCAUUCCUAUUGGCUCGCUGGGGCAGACGCCCAAUCAGCAUGCUAUCCCUGUUCCUCAGUGGCUCCUUCUGCCUGCUGUCCCUGCUCGCAUCACGCUUCUACGCUGUCCCAGGGUUGGUGAUGACUCUGGCCCUGGUGGGGAAGCUGUGUAUGCAGACCACUGUGUUUGUCUCUGUACUCUACGGCAUCGAACUCUUCCCUACGCUCAUCAGACAGAAGUGUGUGGGCUUGGUGUGUCUGUGUUACAGGGUGGGCUGUAUCCUGAAUGCGGUGAUCAGUCCUAGAGGAGAAACCAUCCCAUUGGCCGCUAUGAUCCUUUAUGGGAGUGGCCCCAUUGUUGGGGCGGGACUGUGUCUGUUUCUACCGGAGACCAGUGGUGUGCCGCUCCCUGAUUCGCUGGAGGACUGUGACAGACAGCCCAAUCUUCAUCUACCAACCUUCCCUUCCCUUUGGUCUUCAGAGGGUGCUCAGCGGAUGCCCCAGCUGACAAAGUCUGUCCAUUCCUGGGAGACACAGACCCAGAGAAGCCCCCCCACAACCCACGGGAUCCCAACUGACUCAAACUGCACGUACUCACACACACACACCACAAACACACACAUGCUGUAGAUACAUGUAUUUUAAGUUUCGUGGUGCUCAGUUGGUACAGAACACAACAAACUGGGAGGUACUCCCUGAACUCAGAACACAUAAACAUUGCAAUACAUUUUGCGACGUUGUGCCCUACUGAACACGACCCUGGUUCUAGUGUUUCAUAGGUUUGAUCCUGUAUCUCACACAGCCUGUAGAGGCUUGCUGAGAACGUGUUUAAACACAGACCUGUCUGUGAGAUGUGAGGAAACAUUGCUAAUGUAGCAUUGUAUAAACAGCUCUGCACGAAGGUUGUGUGUGUGUGCAUUUUCUGUACGUGUGUGUUAUCCUCACACAAUCAUGAACCUUCCUUGCACCUUGCUGACAUUUCUACACUGUGUUUCAUGUCAAGUUGACUUGAGAUGUGGGGAGGGGGGGCUGUCUUAUCAUAAAGGGUGUGGUCAUGUUGAUGUAUGUUUGGUAUUGAAAUCAGAUGUCUGUAGUUAAGUCGCUCUGGAUAAGAGCGUCUGCUAAAUGACUUAAAUGUAAAUGUUAUGUGUAGGAAUGUUGUCCUGUCUGGUGGUAGGGUCAGGCUGUUGAAAUGACCAAUUGUUUCUCAUGAUGUGCUGUUGUGUGUUCUUAUAGGCAUUUGACAUGCUGAGGAAUGUUGUCCUGUCUGGUGGCAGGGUCAGGCUGUUGAAAUGACCAAUUGUUUCUCAUGAUGUGCUGUUGUGUGUUCUUAUAGGCAUUUGACAUGCUGAGGAAUGUUCUUCUGUACAGCUUGUAGAUUUCCUGUUCUUAGCUAUUAAAUAAAAAAAUAGAAUUUUCAA